UGGACCUUGGGACGGCUUCUUGCUGGGAAGAAAGUGUCCCAGCUAAGGGGAACUGGGGUCAGUACAGAGGAAGCUCACUAAACAGCUGCUCACUCAGUAGUGUGUGGGGUGUGGAAGAUUGUCCUCUGAGGCAUCUCCACCUUCGGGUGACGCCACAAGCUUGGGGGAGGAAGUGGCCGUCCCCACGUCUGUCCCCACCAGGGUGACAAAUAGAGCCAGAGGUUGGGGUGGCUGCAGCCCUAUAAGACAGAGAUCUCCUCGGCCGCCAGGACCAGCACGAUGGAGCCGAGCAGAGCAGCAAUGGCCAUGGGGCCCCUCGUGCUGGCCAUCACCUUCCUGUGCACUUCAGCCUCCACUGCUGACACAUGCCCAGAGGUGAAGCUGCUGGGUCUGGAGGGCUCCGACAAGCUCUCCAUUCUCCGGGGCUGCCCGGGGCUGCCCGGGGCCACAGGGCCCAAGGGAGAGGCGGGCACCGCAGGAGGGAGAGGAGAACGAGGUCCCUCCGGAGUCCCUGGGAAGGCAGGACCGCCAGGGCCCAAAGGAGACCGAGGAGAGAAGGGCGCGCGUGGAGAGAAAGGAGAAUCUUGGGAGCCUGAGCAAUGUCACACAGGACCACGGACCUGCAAGGAACUACUCACGAGGGGACACUUUCUGAGCGGCUGGCACACCAUCUACCUGCCCGACUGCCGGCCCCUGACUGUGCUGUGUGACAUGGACACGGACGGCGGGGGCUGGACCGUGUUCCAGAGACGGAGUGACGGCUCCGUGGACUUCUAUCGGGACUGGGCCGCGUAUAAGCAGGGCUUUGGCAGUCAGCUGGGAGAGUUCUGGCUGGGGAACGACAACAUCCAUGCCCUGACCGCCCAGGGCACCAGCGAGCUCCGUGUAGACCUCGUGGACUUUGAGGGAAAUCGGCAAUUUGCCAAAUUCACGUCAUUCAAGAUGGCAGGCGAGGCAGAGAAGUACAAGCUGGUCCUGGGAGCCUUUGUGGAGGGCAGUGCUGGCAAUUCCCUGACGUCCCACAACAACACUGCUUUCUCCACCAAAGACCAAGAUAACGACAGAGUUGCUAAAAACUGUGCCGUGCAGUACCAGGGAGCCUGGUGGUAUUACGACUGUCACGUGUCCAACCUCAACGGGCGCUACCUCGGGGGGUCCCACGAGAGCUUUGCAAAUGGCAUCAACUGGAAGUCGGGGAAAGGGUACAACUACAGUUACAAGGUGUCGGAGAUGAAGGUGCGGCCCACCUAGGGCGGGCGGCAGACAGAGCAUCGAGGACCAGGUCCCGGUCCCUCACCGCUCAGGGCACACGGGAUCUGGGUCACUGACUAUCCUCAUGUGAAUGAAGAACCUCACCACGCUCCCGCUUUGGGCUGGUUCCCUCCGCCUCGCGCUCUGACCGACUCCAAGCCCCUUCUCUCCCAUCGGCCUGGAUAAGAGUAACCGUCCCCCAGACCUCAGCACCUGCACGUAUUGUCAAUAAAGACAUUGGCUCACUCAA